GACAGCAACAGACAAAGAUCCGACGAACACAGACAACAGGAUGCCUUGUGACUUACUUUUAAAGAUCACAGAUAACGUCGUAAAUUCCUCCGUGUCAAAGAUCUGAAGACGUAUCCUUCAGCUAAAACCUGUCUGUCACAUUCAGGCUUUGUGGGAGGAGAUCUGAUUUCUUCGACUGCUCACAACCAAUGAGAUGUAACCUACGAGAAAAGUUAACAGCGUGAAGAGAGAGGUUGCUUUCAAUUUGGAGUAGGUACAGUAAUCAGAGUCGCUCCUCUAAUGUUACCUCCUCUGGGUAAGUUCAAAGGUUUUUGCUCAGUUGUUUGCUUGUACUGAAUGCGUCUCGUAGUUUACAAGGCUGUUUUUAUUGCUUUUUGAGGAAAGCUUUCAAGACUUUGUGCGUAGGCUUUAAUCCAAAAGAGCAGAGUAAAUUAACAUAAAACGCAUGCUAAGUUUUCUGACUUUUAAAAGAAAUAUUGUAUUAAAUAUUGACAGUGGAUUAUUAUGUAAUUAGAAAACAAGUUAGAGUAUUAAGUCCAACAGACACACCUACUCAGAUGAGACUGCCAGCUUGAAAUGCCUAUUUUAUCAGGCAUCAGUUCACUGUGUGCAGUGAAAAUCAGUUUAGUUUUUAUCUUGUUACUCAUCGAACGUGUCUGUAGUAUUAGAUUGUUUGGGUUCGUUUUGGAAUAAGAAUGAUUGUCCCUUCUUUUGUUGUUCUUGUUAAAACUUGAAAUUUAAGGACAGUGUACAUGUUUCCAGUAUCAACAUGAGGGCUGUGUGCUCUAUUCGACAAAAAACAAAGACUUUGAAUUUCUCUUUCUUAUCUUUAGUCUUUGUCUCUCCUUUUCCCAUGAAGACUUUUUCUUUUUAGCAAAUGUAAAUGUUAUAGCACAUAGUUAAAGAAGGAUAAUAUUAUAAUUUGAAAAUGUUUUGCUGGCAUAUUUUGGCUGCAGUGCAGCUUUGUAUUGGGUAAAAUGAGGAUUACAUGUUCUCUCCAAUUUCAUUUUCAGGUUUGCAUUUUGCAUUUAAUAAUGUUUAACAAAGGAUUUAAAUGCACAGCGGUGGUGCGGCGGCUGAUGCCAUGGGUUGUGUUGACCAAGGUAAUGUUGGUCCUCUACUGUUUGACAAUGACACGCCAAGUGAAUAUAAGUCCCACACAGGAAAAGACGUGUCCCCUCAGCAUGGCAAAGACAAGUCCGGGCAAAAUCACUGGAAGCCCUGACUCUAAGCAGGACUGCUCUCCCAAAGUGAACAUCAUGUUCAUGAAGACUCAUAAAACGGCGAGCAGCACCAUCCUCAACAUCCUCUACAGGUUUGGGGAAAAGCACAAGCUCAAGUUUGCCCUACCUAACAGACGCAAUGAUUUCUGCUACCCGCAGCCAUUCCUGUGCUCCCAGGUGAAGGACUACAGGCCAGGGGAGUGCUUUAACAUCCUUUGCAACCACAUGCGGUUCAACUAUCAAGAAGUGUCCAAACUCUUGCCUCCAAACACAUUGUAUGUCACCAUCCUACGUGACCCGGUGCAUCUCUUUGAGUCAGCUUUCCAUUACUUCCAGAAAAUAAUUCCUCUUACUUGGCGCAUUAGUGGAAAUAACAAACUGACUGAGUUUCUGAACAAUCCAGAGGCCUUCUACAGUCUGGAAGCUAUUAACUCAUUCUACCUUAAAAAUUUGCUGUUUUUUGACUUUGGUUUCGAUAACAACCUUAAAGCCAAUGACCCUCGUGUCAUGAAGGAGAUUCUGUAUUUAUCCAAACUUUUUCAUCUGGUUCUUAUAGCAGAAUACUUUGAGGAAUCUCUGAUUCUUCUUAAGGAUUUACUUUGCUGGUCCAUGGAGGACAUCCUGUACUUCAAGCUCAAUGUUCGAAGGACCUCAUCCGUGUCUCGUCUGGAUCCUGAGACGAGAGCCAAAGCCUUACAGUGGAACUGGGCUGACUGGAAACUCUAUCAACACUUCAAUGCUACUUUCUGGGAGAGAGUCGAGGCAUAUGGAAGAACAAGAAUGGAACGAGAUGUAAAUGAGCUGAGGAGAAGAAAUGCAGAGAUGAGGGCCACCUGCAUUGAGGGUGGCGAUGCAGUUGAAGCUCAUAAGAUUAAAGACACACGUUUCAAGCCUUGGCAGCCCAUUGGAGAGAAAUCCAUUAUGGGAUACAACUUGAGAAAUGACAUUAAUCCUGAAAGCAGGAAAAUAUGUGCAAAAAUGCUUACGCCUGAGAUCCAGUACUUAUCAGACUUGGGAGUAAACCUCUGGGUGACUAAACUAUGGGGUUGGUUGAAAGAUUAUAUUUUAUAAGUGCCUUGUCUUAUUUGUAUAUUUUGACUUAAUUUUGAAAAUGUUUUAAGAUGGAAUUAAACAACUUAAGUUGGAUGUCCAUUUCACAAACCGUAUGUUUAUAAUUUAAAAUGUCAGUUCUUGUCGCCUGAAUUAGUUAAUUUCUCUACAAAAAAAAGUUGGGUUUGCUGCACUUACAUUUUUUUUUACAUUGCAAGCUUUUACAAGAAGAUUAAAAUAAACAUAUUUGUUAUGUCUGUUUGUUAAAUGUAUAAUGCAUUAAAACUAAAAACUAUUAAGAGCUAAAUAAGUGAGUCAUUUCAGACAUCUUGAAUGAUUAAAAAUUGUAGUUUCUGACUGUUUCAUUAAUGAAUUUCAGUUUAAAGUGUAAAUUUACUCCCUUCUUUAGCAUCUAAACAGCCAGAGGUUUAAAUGCUAAACCUCUGAUUGGGCAGAGAGUAUUUCUUCCCACUGCGGUAUUGUGUUAGUUGGGCAAGAUAUGUGUUUUCUAUCCAUAAGGAUUGAUUUCAGUCUGUGUCUAUUAAGAAUUUUAAUAAAAGUUUGGCAUAAAACGUAA